GUGCGGUAAUUCCAGAUAUUUAAUAUUUUGCUAAAAAUUAAUGUAAACUGUGAAAGUUAUUAAAUAAAUUAUGGACGACAGUGCAAAUGAGUACGACAAUGAAAAUGCAUCAGUAUCUAUUAAACCGGAUCCAGAAAUUUUAUAUGAAACACGCGAUGGUGCCAACUGCAGAACAGUGAAUAGCUCAUUAGAACACAUGGAUGAAGGUGACGAUUUCAACCACAGUACGAAUAAAAGUCGUCGACGUAGCAGAAGAACGCGCGUUAGAAAUGUCCGUUACAGAUCAGACGAUGAUGUUAUUGCACUCUCACCUGAGAAUAUAAAACAAAAUGGAAAAAAUUCCGAUAAAGAUUUUCUAGAGCAAGAGCCAUCAUCAUCAACAGCUAGAAGAGCGACAUGCCCUAAAAAUAAUGAUGUGGCUAAAAGCAAACAUAUGUCUGUUAACAAUUCAAUGGGUGAGGUCCUAAGACAAAUCGGACUUUACGAGGAAUUGUUCGACUUCAUGGAUGCUAGAGGUAUUACUGCUGAGGCAUUAAAAUAUAUGCAAACGCGUCAUAUUGAUGAAUUAUUUAAAGACACGCAUUUGGACACAAAAAUUAUUUUUGAACAUCGUUUAAUAGAUUGGCAGAAUAAAAUGGGAAAUUGUGAAGUAACAACAACGCAAUCAAUCAAUAACAAUGUAAAUAAUCAUGUUGAACAAAAAUCCUUGAACUCAUCUUUUAAACAAAUGUUGCCUGAAACGGUUUUUUCAAAUUUAUCCAAAGUUUUAACAACAGCUGUACAACAAACCAUAAACACAGUACUGCUGGAAUUUAAACAAGCUUACCUAAAGCAAACUGAAGAUAAGUCUAAUAUUUAUUCGAAAGAAGUACCUAAUGAGAGAAUUCCUUUGAAAAAUAUAAAAAGUGAGCCAAAUCACGGCACUGUCGAUGAAAUUAUCAUACCUGAUAAAAGGCCGAACAGUGUGGUUAGACAAACAUCUAAUAAGGUAAAGAAUGAGAUUUUACUUUCCAAUCGGUCCAUUGAUCUCACUAUAUCAAAUCAGUCAAAGAGAAGAAAAUUGGAUUCAGAUACAAGUGUUCAAGAAAUUAUAAUAGCUUCUCCAUCAUGUCAGCAUUUAUUUGAUGAAUAUGAAAACACUGGCCUGUUAACAAUAAAUGAUCGGAGUGAAAUUGUUCAUUGUAUUGUUGACUUUUUCAUACGCAAUAAAUUUGUUCUAACAAUUGCUCGUUGUAAAGAAAUUGCCGAAGAAAUUGUGCAACUAUUUCCAACGGAAAGUACGGGAACUUAUUUUAUUCAAGCUAAUAAAAAUAGACCUCCAAAAGGCAAAAUCUGGGAACGUUAUCAAAGUCGCAAACGUACAAUACGCAAAUCUGUUCCUGUGAACUCACGCCCUGAAACAUUGAAAACAGAUACUUCACCUAGUGAUCUGGAGGAUUUACAUGCUAAUAAGGCUGAUUGGUCUGAAAUGCAAGCCAUGUGUUCUCAAAUGAAACAUAUUACCGAUGAUAAGGAAUUACUUGCAAAAUGGCGAGAAUCGUUUGCAUUUAGACGUCAUCAACUACAGACGGGUUCUUUCAGCAAUUGGAAGUUAUAUUUUGAUGAGUAUCCAUUUUGUAAACAACAAAAUUAUGCAGAAUUUAUUGAAUCAGAUUUAGAAGCCCUUUAUCCAGAUCUAAAAUUUAAUGACUUUCUGUGGGAUGAAUUUAUGGAAAAUUUUUCAAUAUAUUUUUUAAAUCGCCUUAAACAUCCGAAAUCCAAACAUUUAUAUGAUCAACUAACAUCUAUGGAAAAUUUGAGUACCUCUACUGAUUAUGUUGCAAUUAAAGUUAUUGAACUUUUACAUGCCGCUCUAAAACCCUAUACUGACAAGAUACAAAGUUCAGAAGAGGCCCAACGCAAGUUUACAGUGGAGGUUAGCGACUUAUCCGAUCUGAAGAAGGUGGUCAUUGAACGUAAAAAACAUUGUACCGAACAUAACAUACAAGCCAAACCCUAUAUAGCGGUUGUGGGUCAAAGUAAAACCUAUAGUAAUUUUUCGGUUAUUUUAGACUCGACUGGAUUUAGUUGCGAUAAUUAUAAAGAUUCCUUAAUUUUAUGUUUUAAUUUGUAUCUCUUUUUCGAUAUAAGUUUUCCCCUUGAAUUUUUGAAUGUUUGGGGAUUUAUACAAAAGUAUUUUUUUGAUAAGCCCCUUUUGGUUAAUAAUCCAAGAGUUGAAACUUUUAUCAAUGAUUUAAGGGCCCAAAAACUAGCGAGUUUAGACAUAAAAACAAGUGUAAAUGGCAAAAAAUUACACAAAGAUUUUUGAUAUUAUAAGAUAUUGAGACAUUGUAAUAUAUAAAACUGAAUAAAAGUGUUUUUGUUUUA